UGACCUUGAUAGAAUAGACAAUUUAUGCACUUGUGGUCACCAUGAUCUUGUGGUCACUCUAAUCUCUUCUGUCCAAGAAUAUAUAGGGUUUAGCUCCUCAAUAAUCCUCACAUUGACAAUUUCUAUCAAAUAAUGGAAUGCUCACAACCUCUGGCCGUUGAGAGUUUCUCACACAGUUGGUUAACAAGCGUAAGCUCUCCUUUAAAUGGCCUUGAGGAGCUCCUUAGAGCAUCUCUUGACAGUUCCCAUGAAGCUAUCUUCGAAGAAUUAGAGUACAAGGUACCAAAGCCAAAAAGAUCUCUGGAGGAAGUCCAGAACUUUAAUUUUGAUGUUCCCAGUUCUCAAUUCCCUGAUGCUCUUGUUCACGCUGAUCAGCUUUUCGCUGAAGGCCUCAUCAAGCCUGUUUUUAUCAGCCAAUCAAAGAUAGACACCUCCAGUUCCCUGGUUUUAGUUCCUAAAAUGCAUUCUUCUGUUGUUUCUAGUGCUGUUGUUCCAACUGUUGAUAUUCAGUGUUGUAUUUUUAAAAGAUGGAGAAAAUCAUCUCAGCGAAUCUUGCAAAAGUGUGUUGGACAUCUGAGACUUUUGUGCCGUAAACUACCUGGCUCAAUCAGAACCACAAGAGUUGAUGAUAUUGACAGAAGAGCAAGGCAAGUUAAGAUCUGGAGCAAUUCUCCACAAGCAUCUCCAGGCAUAACUUAUACAUCAACUGGUUGGUGUGAUAUUGAGAGCUCAAUUUAUGACGCAGUUCUUCAUUGCAAAAGAUCUAUAGGUAAAUGAUUGUUUUACAGAAAAAAGCAGUGGAGGUCUUCUAGAAAUGCAUGUAAUGAGGAGCGUACAGAGAGAGGUUUAGAAGACGAAUCUUUCCUUCCACCAAUAUGGAUUUGGAUUUUAAUAAAGCCGGCAUUUGUGGGUACUAACAAUGAACCAUGAAGGUUGUGUUAUAUCAUUUGUUCGUUUCUGAAAAGCAGCCCUUCUCUUUUUGUGCCUUUCUGGGAUGUGGUUAUGGCAUCAGAUACUGAAUUUUGUAGCAGGUUGAAAACCAGAGCUAAGGAUCAUUUUCAAUUUUCUUGUUUCC